AUGGUAGAGAAUGAUUCAGAUGUGGAAAUGUGGGACAUUUUGCACGAGAUUCUUGUUGUCCUGCAAGAGGAAAAUUAUGCUCAGCAUGUGGAGGAAAAGAUCAUGUUACAAAGAAAUGUAAAACUAAGCCUGCCUCUUAUAGUUGCAGGAUGCUUUACAGCAGUUGUGAAGGCUGGUGAUAGGAAAGUCACGACAGAGUUUGUUGUGAUAGAGGAGAAAGGUGAACCAAUCAUGAGUAGUAGAACGGCACAGGAGUUGGGUGUAUUGCAUAUUGGAUUAGGAUUAAAUGCAGUUAAGUCAUGUGAAGGUUUGAGACGGGAGUAUAAACCAGUAUUUAAUGAGAUUGGAAAAUUGAAAAAUUGUCAAGUGAAAUUAACCAUUGAUCCAAGGUUUAAACUAGUAGCUAAACCAGUAAGAAGGACACCAUUUGGUUUGAGACGCAAAGUGGAGCUAAAAAUUCAAGAAUUAACGGAAAAAGAUAUUAUUGAACCGGUUGAAGCUCAACACCAUGGGUAA